CAAAUCGAAGUCACUAUAUCGGCAGUGCGUCGCUGCUUAACGCCAUUCAUUCAACGCGGGUUCAUUGAACAGGUUGUUGGAGAUGGAGACACUUAUCGAGUUUGUACAUCGGCAAGUGGUGGAGCUACUAAUUCUAACGUCAAUGUCAGUUUCGUUGAUACAGAUGGCCCUGAAGAAAUGGAGACCUCACCUACUAAAGAUGUUGACAACAACAUGGGUCCACAGAUCUUUUGGUCAUACAUUUUGGGUAUGCUGACCAAUUUGGGUGGAAUGUGUAUCGAUCGAAUCCAUUCGACACUGAAGAUGUUUGCCCUGGGUUCGAAUGAUGUUUCUGAGUGCACAAGACAGCAGUUGAGGCAGUUUUUGGAGAAAAAAGUGAGGAAUGGGGAGCUGGUUUAUGAAGAUGAAUUGUAUAAACUCGCUUGA